CAUACUGCUGCGACGGCGAGUCGGCUUCAAACAUGGCGUCCAGGCUGGAGAUCAACUUCAUCCGACUCCUGUCCCGCUGCGAGUCCAUCGCCUCGGAGAAGCGGGGCGAGGCCGAGUGGAGGUUGGAGAAGUAUGUGGGAGCCCUGGAGGAGAUGCUGGUGGCUCUGAAGAAAAGCCAGAGCAGCAAACCCACACCAGAAGUCCUGACUGACUACACAAGGAAAGUAGAUUUUCUGAAAGGACUCCUAGAGGCAGAGAAACUGUCCUCGCCGACAGAAAAAGCUUUAGCCAAUCAGUUCCUCGCCCCCGGGCGAACGCCCACGAUAGCCAAUGAGAGGAUGCCUGCCACGAAAACUGUCCACAUGCAGACGAAGGCCCGGUGCACAGGAGAGAUGAGGGACGAGCUGCUCGGCAAGGCAACAUCAGGCAAAGGGACAUCGGAGACAGACUUGCGAAACAGAAGGGGUCUUCCUCUGGAUGAGCGUCAGUCUGCCGCGGAGCUGGACGCCGUCCUGCAGCAUCACCACAACCUGCAGGAGAAGCUGGCGGAGGACAUGCUGAACCUGGCCCGGAAUCUGAAGAACAACACGAUGGCUGCACAGAACAUCAUCAAACAGGACAACCAGACUCUGAGCCAGUCCAUGCGCCAGGCAGACCUCAACUUUGAGAAGCUGAAGACGGAGUCAGAGCGACUGGAGCAGCACACCAAGAAGUCUGUGAACUGGCUGCUGUGGCUGAUGCUCAUCCUGGUCUCCUUCACCUUCAUCAGCAUGAUCCUCUUCAUCAGAAUCUUCCCCCGACUCAGAUGAUGGACACCGAUGAGUCUUGAACUCUUCCCGUGCUCACAGGAGCAGUAGCUACAUGAGUGUCCAUAGAUCUCCGCGGCAUGUCUGCAUGUGUGACGCAGAUCAGUAGUGUUCAGAGACAAAAACAGCUCAAGUCAGAUGGACUGGAAAUGUUUGCACUUUUGAAACUGAAGUUCUUCCUCUACACUUCCUCUAGGUGAAAGAAAGGUAUAAACGCAGAAACUGUUUUGGAUGAUCAGUAUUCAUAGAAGGUGAAUGGAGGUGAAGAGAUUCUCUGUGGGUGCAGCAACAUUGUCUUAAUACCCAGACGGCAGCGACUGAGCCGUAAUUGUUUUAAUCCAUCAGGUAGGCUACUCACCGUGAUGCAACGUAUGUGUGCACUUUCUCACUUAGUGGGACUAAAGACAUGUUUUGUGGAACAUUAUCCUUUCCCCAGCAUAAUGUAUAUCGAAGAGUUUAUGAACCGUCCUCCAUCCAACGCACGUCGCCCUGGAAAUCCCCGUUUGUCAAUCGGUUGAAAAGUUGAGUCCAAAACUACCUGGUUUUUAACAGCUGUGGAUGUUCGGUAACACUUCCCUGUUCAGUAUUUAUCAACACUUCAUGUACAUGUUUGAUGAAUGUUUUAUAACGCACUAUAAGCCUCUGCAAGCAGAUAUAAAGACGGUUUUAAGAUAUAUUUUCCUUUCCAUCUGUGUUUUAUGAUAUUGUCAUUAUUUGAUUAUGGCAAAUUUCAGUUGUGGAAUAAUACAUUAAUACAAUCUAUCUGUUUGCAACUACAUUUAUAGUGUGUUACAAACCAUUUAUGAGAUGUUUCUUUAAUGUAUAUGAAUGAAAUGGUUUGUUUUUUCAAGUGAAGUGUUACCAGUUGUUUCCCCCAAAACAUUAUAUUACAAACUACAGAACAAAUUUCAUGUAUCAGUAAGAUUUGGGAAUAUUAGUCGUCGAGAGGUUUCGGUCUUCAUGUUGUUGGAUUUCUUUCAUCACUCCACAUAUUCACUCAUUGCUGAAGAGUCUGUAUGUGUUGGUGGCUGGUUCAAUAAAUGUACGUCGGGUGAUGUCAUGGUUGGUGAUGGCGGAUGAAGCUGCUAAUUAAUUGCAGGAUUAUUGCUGGAGUCGGUGAAGAAGGAGAAAUGUUUUCCCCAUUAAACGACUAAUCGCACUG